AUGGAUGUCCAUCUGCUCGUGUACGACCUCUCUGGCGGUCUCGCCCGCCAGAUGUCGAUGAGCUUCUUAGGGUUCCAGCUCGACGCCAUAUAUCACACAUCCAUCGAGUUGGGCGGCCAGGAAUACGUCUACGAUGGCGGUAUCAACGUGAUAAGACCUGGCUCCUCGCACCUGGGCCGUCCUCUCGAGCGGAUCCAUCUUGGUCGCACGGAUCUGCCCAUGGACGUUAUCAACGAGUAUCUCGAGUCACUCAGAGAGAUAUUCACGCCACAAGCAUACGACCUCUUCCGGCACAACUGCAACAACUUUAGCAACGACUUCUCUACGUUCCUCGUGGGCAAAGGCAUCCCCGCUCAUAUUGCCAACAUGCCACAGGCGGUGCUGGACUCACCGUUUGGACGAAUGCUCCAGCCACAGUUGACACAAAUGGUUGAAGCUCGGAAAGCUCAGCAAGGCGGCCUCCUCGGCAUACAGAGCAACGGCGGACCAUCACGAGUAGCUCCAGUGUCAAACGGGGCAAGUCAUGCUCCUACACCAGCCGUGCGAAUUGUCAGCAACAUGAAGGAACUCAGCGAGGCUCUCCAGCAAGCAAGCAGGAGCAGCGCGGUCGUGUUCUUCACAUCGGUAACAUGCCCUCCCUGCAAGGCCAUGUACCCGCUAUAUGACGAGCUGGCCGCACAAUGGGGCAGCAAGGUGUCCUUGAUUAAAACCGACGUCUCGCAGGCAAUGGACAUUGGACAAGCAUAUUCAAUCCGAGGCACGCCGACCUUCGUCACAUUCCUCCAUGGCAAAGAGCAAGAGAGAUGGUCUGGCGCCGAUGCCUCCCGGUUGCGUGACACGAUUCCGCUGCUCGCCCACAUGGCUCACCCCAAGCAUCCUCACGAGUCACUGAACCUGCCCAGUUUCGCGGGAAACAGCAGUGUCAAGCCACAGUUAUACACCAAGAUCCCACCUCUGUCGAAACUCCUUGGAAAGCUGGGCGCGAGGGCCGAGGACCCGGCGAUCCAGGGCGUCAAGCACUUCAUCGACGCUCGGGCAGCAGAAGGUCCCGCAGAGGCUACCCUCCCGGACAUGCCGGCAUUCUCGAAGUUUAUGCAGAGCGCUCCGACUGACCUGCCACGAGACCUGCUGUUUACCGUUGUGGACCUUUUCCGCUGCGCCCUCGUGGAUCCACGAUUCAGCGGUUAUUUCGCUGAAGAGGCCGAGCACGCGACGGUCCUGGCCAUCCUUAACACUGUCAACGACACCUCCUCUGCCGAGUGCCCGUACGCUCUACGGCUUGUGGCGUUACAGAUGGCGUGCAAUCUGUUCUCGAGCCACCUGUACGCGAGCCAGAUCAUGCAGCAUGCCAAGCUGCGCGGCGCACUUACGCAGCUCGUCUCCACGAGCUUCUUGGACGAUGGCCACAACAAUGUGCGUGUGGCGUCCGCGUCGCUGUUGUUCAACAUUGCCGUGGCCGCCAACCAGCAUGUUCGCGAGGGCGGCGCGCCGACGGGACUGCCCGACGAUGACCAGGUCGAGCUUGCGGCAUCGGUCCUCGAGGCCAUUGGCCAGGAAGAGUCGUCCAAAGAGGCACUGCACGGGAUGCUGCUCGCGCUGGGGUACCUCGUGUACUGCAUGCCUGUGGAGGGCGAGCUUGUGGAUUUGCUGCGGGCGAUGGACGCGCAGGGCACGGUCACGGCGAAGAAGAAGUUGUUCCCUGAGGAGAAACUCGUGCAAGAAGUGGGGAGUGAGUUGCUCGGAAAGGGACUUGCGCGGAAGUGA